AUGUGGGUCUCUGUCUCACCCUCACACACUCGCUGCUCCUCUUGCAACUCUUCUCGGGAUCUCCGGGUCCCUUUCCUCGGUGACAGGCUCCCCACACCAAGCAGUCAACAUUUCCGCCCCCGGGAGACCCACGCUGGCAGCGCAGCCCCUUCCCCGACUCAGCAUCGGGAGGAAGACCCUGGUGGCGGCUGCCGUAGGGGUUAUGCUGGUCCUGGUGCUGGUGGUCCUCAUCCCUGUGCUGGUCAGCUCCGUGGGUACAGAUGCCAGCCACUAUGAGAUGCUGGGCACCUGUCGUAUGGUGUGCGACCCCUACCUUAACAAGGGCACUCCGGCCAGCAGCACCAGCUCCACCGGUCUCCAAGCUGAGGCAGAGGCGUUGAGCGACCACAGCAACGUGCUUCCACCCUCCACCUUACUGCAGGGCCCACAGGGGAAGCCUGGCAGGCCAGGCAAGCCCGGACCACCUGGACCGCCGGGAGAACCGGGGCCACCGGGACCGGCCGGGCCUCCUGGGGACAGAGGGGAUCAGGGAAGGACUGGGAUUUUGGGUCUGGGGGGGAACGGAGCUAUCAGCACAGCCACCUACAGCACGGUGCCUCGAGUGGCCUUCUAUGCGGGGCUUAAGAACCCCCACGAAGGCUACGAGAUCCUCAAGUUUGACGACGUGGUCACCAACCUGGGCAACAACUAUGAUGGCAUUUCGGGCAAGUUCAUCUGCAGCAUACCGGGCACGUACUUCUUCAUCUACCAUGUGCUGAUGAGAGGAGGGGAUGGCACCAGCAUGUGGGCAGACCUCUGCAAGAAUGGCCAGGUUCGUGCCAGCGCCAUUGCACAAGAUGCUGACCAGAACUACGACUACGCCUCCAACAGCGUCAUCCUCCAUCUGGACGCAGGCGACGAGGUUUAUAUCAAACUGGACGGAGGCAAAGCCCAUGGAGGCAACAACAACAAGUAUAGCACCUUCUCUGGCUUCAUCCUCUACGCGGACUGAGAACAGACAGAUGCAGAGACAGUCAGACGGGAAGAGAUUGAGUGAAAGAGUUGUAUGACGGGGGGGAAGGGGGUGAGUGUUAAAAGCCGGAAUGCUUUCUAGUUUUCCUAAUUCUUUCCAUCAUCACGGACACCUCUGCUUCGUAUCCAUCAGCCGAGACACCCAGGCUCGGUAGCCGGGCCUGGAUG